CUUGCAUUGACACACGUCACGUGAUAAGUUUUACCAGAACUGACACCGUGUUAGACACGGGUGCCUUGUUGUACCACGUGUCCUACUUCUUCUGGAACAGGUGUGCUAAUCACGUGUGUAAGCGGUGUGUCGAACACAACAGGUGUGUAGGCGACAGGUGUUUUAGGAUUAAACCAUUAAUAAAAUGUAAAUCUUAACCACUGGAUCGGGUUAAUACCAGCAACAUUAAACUGGUGCAGUAGUUCAAGCGUUUACGUUGUGCUGUGAUGUUUUUCUCUUAAAUCUCUAUACAUUGUUUAUUCUACAAAACAGUGCUUUAUAUGAAUCAGCUGGCUCUGUGAGAAGUACAGUGACAGUUCUGUACAACUUGAGUACACAAUCCAACUCGUGGGACGGUUGUAGCUGACUGAUCCCUCUAAGACUUCAACUGAGUAGCGGUCAAUGGAACCCUCGGACAACCCGUGGCUGGAGGUGUCCAAGACAUACCGCGUCCAUCAGGAAACUCUAGAAUACACGGCGCUGUGUCGAUCCAUGGGGGCCAGACCCCCUUCUCAGACGUCCUUGAAAGACGCCAGGGCCUCGGCCUUGACCUUCAACGUCACGGCCAACGGAGUCCACGCCUACGACGGGACGGAAACCGAGUUCAUCAUUCCGGCAUCGGACGAUAUCGACGGCGUUCCGGUGACGGUCUACACCCCCAACACACUUCCGGAAGUCCCGGCCAUCCUGGUGUACUUCCACGGCGGAAGUCUCGUUUUCGGCAGCCGGAAAACUCACGAGAACGCUGUCAAAAUGAUAUCGGAAAAAUCAGGAGCGAUAAUCGUCAGCGUGGAAUACCGUCUGCUCCCGUGUCCGGAAGAUCCCCUCGCGCCGUUUAACGACUCGAUCGCAGUGACGAGGUGGAUCAAGCAGUUCAAGGAAGCGAUAGGUGGCGCCGCCGACAGUAAAGUGGGCGUGGGCGGGGACAGCGCCGGCGGGCAAAUCGCCUGCUGCGUUGUCAAUGACGUCAUUGGUUUAGACUUCCAAAUCCUCGUCUACCCGGUCACGGAUUUCGCCUGCUCUUUGCCAUCUUUUCAAGAGUUCCGGAAAAUUCCGGCUUUCAACACGGACGAUCUCGAAUGGAGACUCGCCCUGACCAACAAACCCAUAUUGAAUGCAGCAGAGGACCCGAGAGUGAAUCCGUCUGCUAGAAAAAACUUGGAGUUAACUCCCCCUACUUUAAUCAUCCUAGCAGAACUGGACCCGGUACGAGACAGUGGUCUAGAAUACGACCGGAAGUUGAGGUCAGCGGGCGUUGAAGUGGACCUGGAGCUAGUCCACGCUGUCCCGCAUGGGUUCUUCUCCCUGCCUGGCAUAUUCAAAACAAAAACAACGGAAGCGUAUGGUCACGUGGUCAAGUUCAUUCAAAAGUUUCAAAGAUAACAGUUUCAUCCACUAUUAUUUUAUAAAAGAUAACAGUUUCAUCCAUUAUUAUUUUUAUAAAAGAUAACAGUUUCAUCCACUAUUUAUUUUUUAAAGAUAACAGUUUCAUCCACUAUUUUUUAUAUAAGAGAUAACAGUUCCAUCCACUAUUUAUUUUAUAAAAGAUAACAGUUUCAUCCACUAUUUAUUUUAUAAAAGAUAACAGUUUCAUCCAAUAUUUAUUUUAUAAAAGAUUUCUAAAAUAACAAAAUAUGUAUUAUUUUAAAUACUAAGCCUAUGUUUUUAAAUUUUGUAAAAUAUUACCUUACUUUGUACAGAUAUGUGAAUGUGGUGUUUGUCUAAAAAUGUUUGAGAACCUGUAUAAUUUAUCCACACAAAAAUAUACAUAGGGGCAAUAAACCACAUGUAUGUUACAUUUGUCAUAAAAUGUUAGUUUAUAAAAGUAGCUUAUGGAGGGAUAAAAAAGACAAUAUAUGGGGAAAAAAAGCAUAUAAAUGUGUUGUUCAGCUUCCAUAUUUUAAAAGGUAUAAAAUGCUCAUAGCGGAUAUAAGCCUUACGAAUGUGACCUUUGUUGUAAAAAGUUUUCAGAGAAAGUUAAUAUAUCUAUACAUAUUAUAUCAUUCCUGAUAUACAGCACAUAACGUGAGAUUUGUCAUAAAACUUUAUUUAGAAAACAGUUUUAUUAAAAUAAUUCACAGAGAUAACAUAAAUGUGAUGUUUAUCAUAAAUUUUUUACUAUUCCUACAUAUUUUAAAUAGCCAUAAAAACAUUCAUAGUGGAAAUAAACCACAUUAUGUGAAAUUUGUCAUAAAAAGUACAAUAAGUUAAUAAAUUUAUGUAACCAUAAAAAUACAUUCUGGAACUAGUACGCACAUAUGUGGUGUGAGUCUUGAAAAACUUGCUGAGAGGUCUGGAUUGAUAAACAUUUUUUUUUUAAAAUUCAUUUUGGAACGAAGCCCUCAUAAAUGUAAGUAGUACGUAAUGUUUAUCAACGAAUGUUUCAGGGGUCGGCGCGGUCGAGUCGGUAAAAUUCAUGGUUGCCAAACCAAAAAGUCUCGGGCAAAUGAGGCUCGUUAGCU